UUUCAUCUUGUAAACAAAUCGCGUGUUUAUAACAAAGUUUCAGAAUUGGUUUGAAUUUUGUAUUAUAAAAAUGAUACCUAUUGUUUGCUUAACCAUGUGAAAUUUUGGCUAAAAUCGUAUGGAAUAUAACCGAGUAAUGUUUUAUCAAGUCGUUAUAUUCUGGGAAUGAUGACAGGGUUACCAAAUUUGUUAUCAGUGACGAUUUAUCUGACUUCCUGAACAGGCAUUGGGCUUUGAUUAAAGUGGUUUCAUAUUACCUGAGGCGAGCGUCGAUUUUUAUCAAUAAUUUUCAUACCAGUGUAAUGGGGAACGUAUCUGUGUAUUGAAAUGGUUUAGUAUGAAAUACAAAUGCUUUGACUGCUUGCUAUAUCACGAUACAGACGAUUUCUUGGUGUUUAAUGCUCCGUUGUUUAUUUGUUCAGCAGUUUGAAAAGUGAGGAAAUCUAUUGAAAGGUGCAAAGUAUCGUAUUUCAUUGAAGUUUUUAACAUCGCACAUCCCAGACGAGAUUCUGUCGAGCACAUUUUAUUAAUAUACGAGAAAAACGUUUUUAUAUGUGUCAGUUGUCACAAUAACGUGCGUUGACUUCCUUCACCAAAAACAGGAAGAAGCGCGAGCUAUCACAAUGGAAGAUUUUGACAAUUUUCCAAGCGCUGCGCGUAAAAUCGAUCAAGAUAGAAUCAACAUAGAUGCGUUAGAUGACGCAGCUAGCCUCAGUUCUGUUGAUGUUGUAAAAUUAACUCAAGAAAAUGCAGAACUUAAGAAAGAAAUGCAAGCAAUGGAAAGCAGACUCAAAUCGAACAUGAAAAGUAUCAAGACAUUUUGGAGUCCUGAAUUGAAGAAAGAAAAGGCCGCUAAAAUAGAGCAAGAAGAUAAAUUCCUUGCCCUUCAUGAGCAGUAUACAACAUUAUCAAAAGAAGCACAGGUAUUUCAGUAUUUGAAAGUUUUUUUCAUGUUUUCUUGAAAUGUCAACUUUGAUUAUCUCUCAGCUGUUGUUUACAGUUCAUGUCAGUUCUGUGUGGGACAUAUUGCCUAUUUGGAAGGAAUUUAUAUGUGAUAUCAGUUUUGAUCUCAUAUUUGUUUAAUAACAUGCUAAUUGGCCUUGGAAUGCCAGGUUUAAUAAAUUGUUAAAAAUUGAGCAAUAUAAUUAUGACCACUUGGCAGGG